AUGUCGAUGGAUGAAUCUUUUAUAAUUUGCGAUGAAAAUGAAGUGGAUGAUCAGGAUGGUAAUGAAAUCAAAAAGGAGGAAGCUAUGAGCAAACAAAGGAAGAAGCUUGUGAAACCAAGAUCCCACAUAUGGGAUCGCUUCACCAAAUUUACAAACAAAAAUAUGGAAAAAGAAAUAUUUUUUGAAGCCCAGGGGUUUAGAUACUUUUGCUCACAGAUGCAAAAUAAGUUUGUGGUUCCUUUUAGAAUGAUUGUUGCUAGAGAUUGUUACGAGAUGUUAUUGGAUGAAAGGUUGAAUUUAAAUAAAAGAAUCUUAAACUUUUGUCUAAUAUCAAGUCGUAAAGGUCAGGCCAUUGGAAAGGCAAUUGAGAAAUGUUUGCUUGCUUGGGGUCUUGAAAAUGUGAUGACCAUUACUGUUGACAAUGUUAGUUCUAAUGACACUGCAAUUGCUUAUAAAAAACAAGAGUCAAAACUGGUUAAUGAUGGUCUUAAAUUAGUUACUGAUGCUGUUUGUCGAGUUCAAGGUGCUGUUAAAUUUAUUUUAUCUUCUCCAUCUAGAAUUGAAAAGUUUUAUAAGUGUGUUUCGGAUAAGAAGAUUCCAUCAAAAAACAUUUUAUAUUGGCAUUUGAGAGGUAUGAUGGGGGAAGAUCCAAAUUUUCAUGAGCAUCUUCUAGAUCCCCAUGGUUAUGGGAAUGGUUUGGGAAAGCCUACUACUGAUGAUUGGGACCAAGUGAAGAACUUAGUUCAAUUAUUAGAAGUGUUUUAUAAUUUAACUUUGCGUGUGUCUGAAUGGUGUGAAAGCCCUGAUUAUGAGUUUAAGGAAAUGGCAAAGAGAAUGAAAGAGAAGUGUGAUAGCUAUUGGGGGGAUCCCAAAAAACUAAAUGUUAUGCUAUAUGUUGUUGCUGUACUUAAUCCUAGAUAUAAAUGGAAAACUGUGGAAUUUGGGAUAAUACAAAUGUACACAAAAGAUAAUGAUGCUUCUGUUGUUUGUACGCGGAUAAAGAAUGCCCUUUAUGAUUUAUAUGAUGAAUACAAAGGCUUUCAUUCCACACCCGCAACAACGAACCAAAGUGAUGGUGCUUCAAGUUCUCGCAAAGAUGUAGAACCUAGUCUUUCGAAAAAAGGACUUAUGAGAUCUAAGUUUAAAAAACUCAAAGAGUCUCGUGAGGAUGGGGAAUUGACUAAAACAGAGGCGGACAAGUAUUUAGAUGAGGUUAUAGAAGAAGAUGGAGAUGGCUUUGAUAUUUCGACCUGGUGGAAAAACAAUAGUUCAAGGUUUCCCAUUCUUUCUCUUGUAACUCGUGAUGUGCUAGCCAUUCCUGUAUCCACAGUUGCAUCGGAAAGUGCCUUUAGAACUGGAGGUCGAGUUCUAGAUUCAUUUCGAAGUUCAUUAAGUCCAAAGAUGGCAAAAGCUCUUAUUUCUUGUCAAGAUUGGCUUCGUGCUUCUUCUCCAAAAGUUGAGGAGUGCUUGGAGGAUAUAGCACAACUAGAGAACGAGUUAUUGAAGAUCAAUUUGGCUCCUUCAGUUAUUGACGUUCCAUAA